UGCGAUUAUUUUGAUCAGCGCAAAUUCGCCGAUAACAGCAGACGCAGCUUUUUGCGUUUUGUCACGUUGCUGAUUUGUGUCCCGCAGGUGCUGCCGUACUGGGGGAACCCCCACGACCGCAAAGUUAUCCGGAAAUUUUGGAGCCAGAAAACACUUUAUACACAAAACGCACCUUUUCACGUGGUGAUCACGAGCUACCAGCUGGUAGUCCAAGAUGUGAAGUACUUCCAGAGGGUCAAGUGGCAGUACAUGGUUCUGGACGAGGCCCAGGCUCUGAAAAGCAGCUCCAGCGUUCGGUGGAAAAUCCUCCUGCAGUUCCAGUGUCGGAACAGACUCCUGCUGACCGGGACGCCCAUCCAGAACACUAUGGCAGAGCUGUGGGCCCUGCUGCACUUCAUCAUGCCCACAUUGUUCGAUUCCCACGAAGAGUUUAAUGAAUGGUUCUCCAAGGACAUCGAGAGCCACGCUGAGAACAAGUCUGCCAUCGAUGAGAAUCAACUUUCCAGAUUGCACAUGAUCCUCAAGCCGUUCAUGCUGCGCAGGAUCAAGAAGGACGUGGAAAAUGAACUCUCAGACAAGAUCGAGAUCCUGACCUACUGCCAGCUGACGUCCCGUCAGAGGUUGCUCUACCAGGCUCUGAGGAACAAGAUCUCCAUCGAGGAUCUCCUCCAGUCUUCCAUGGGCACGGCCCAGCAGGCCAGCAGCACCACUUCCUCGCUCAUGAACCUGGUCAUGCAGUUUAGGAAGGUUUGCAACCACCCCGACCUGUUUGAGCGUCAGGAAACCCGCUCCCCUUUCCACAUGUCCGUCAAGCCAUACGUCAUCUCCAAGUUUCUCUACCGUCAUGGUCUCGUCCACACACACAGCCAGGCCAAGAACAAAUUACUACAAGUGCUGUUAUCUCCUUUUUCGCCAAAUCACAUCCAGCAGUCCCUUUUUCAUAGGAAAGAUGACGAAAAAGGAAGCUGCUUCUCCUUCUUGCGCUUUAUUGACGUGUCACCAGCAGAAAUGUCCAAUAUGAUGCUGCAAGGCACCUUAGUGAGGUGGUUAGGUCUUUUCCUGUCCCUGAAAGCUGCUUACCGGCUCCACUAUCAGCGCCUGUUCGACCCCGUCGGGGAGCAUCAAGACGAAGGCGACAGAGGGGGGAUACAGCACAAGAGUGUGUGUCUUUCUCACAAGGAUCUGAUCCUGUGGCUCAACAGACCGACCGCCUUCCCCAACACACAAACCAGUCCCGUCCUCCAGGAUCUGGUGUUUACAGCCUCCAGGCCUGGCAUCCUGGGCCACAUAGAUGUUAGGAUCCACGACAGAAACUCGGCUAUCUCCACGCUCCGACCCUGUGAAGCCACGCUGCCACCCAAGUUCCUGCUGGCCGCCGCGCCCAAGGUGACGGCAGUUCCCAUGGAGCGGUAUUGUGCCGACCGGAGUGCCGAGUACGAGUGGCGGGUAAUGCGCGGCGGUGGGGGGACGGUCUACAAGCAGUGCUUUCUGUACGGCUCCCCUGAACUCGCCUCAGAUUGGCGCACGAGGGCCAACGCCAUCCACCCACAAUGCCCCGGGGGGCUGAUGGCCCUCCAGCCUCGCCACGGAUGGUCCUUCAUACGGAUACCUGAUAAAGAAAGCCUGAUCACAGAGAGUGGCAAACUCCACACUUUGGACAUCCUUUUAAACCGACUGAAGGCCCACGGCCACCGAGUCCUCAUCUACUCCCAGAUGACCCGCAUGAUAGACCUGCUGGAGGAGUACAUGGUUUAUCGAAAACACACCUACAUUCGCCUUGACGGGUCCUCCAAGAUUUCCGAACGCAGAGACAUGGUGGCCGACUUCCAGAGCCGUACGGACAUCUUUGUGUUCCUGCUCAGUACGAGGGCCGGAGGACUUGGCAUCAACCUGACCGCUGCGGACACGGUGAUCUUCUACGACAGCGACUGGAACCCCACGGUGGACCAGCAGGCCAUGGACCGGGCUCACCGCCUGGGUCAGACCAAGCAGGUGACCGUCUACCGCCUCAUCUGUCAGGGGACCAUCGAGGAGAGGAUCCUGCAGCGCGCCAAGGAGAAGAGCGAGAUCCAAAGGGUGGUCAUCUCCGGAGGCAACUUCAAACCGGACACGCUGAAGCCCAAAGAGGUGGUCAGUCUGCUCCUGGACGACGACGAGCUGGAGAAGAAACUGCGCCAAAGACAGGAGGAAAAGAGGCAGCAGGAGGAGAGCAGCAAGGUGAAGGAGAGGAAGAGGAAGAGGGAGAAGUACGCAGAGAAGCAGAAGAAGAACGAGGAGUCGGAGAACAAGAGGAGGAAGGAGAUGAACCUGGUGAUCUCCCACGCACCCUCGGCCGAUAACUCCAACCUGUCCGCAGACGGGGACGACUCGUUCAUCAGCGUGGAGAUGGACUCGGCCAUGCCCAGUCCGUUUAGCGAGAUCUCUCUGAGCAGCGAGCUGCAGCCUGGCUCUCUGCCGCCGGACGCCGACGCCGACGAAAGCAGCAGCGACAUGCUGGUCAUCGUGGACGAUCCCGUCUCGUCAGCGCCGCAGUCUCGCGCCACCAACUCCCCCGCCUCCGUGACCGGAUCGGUUUCUGACAACAUGAACGGUGUUUCAGCCUCCGACUCGAUCAGCCCAGGCAGAGGCCGGUCCGGUCGGAGUCGCGGGCGGCCCAAAGGAUCCGGAGGAGCCGCCAAGUCCGGAGGGAAGGGCCGGGGCCGGAAGUCAACAGCUGGGAGCGCGGCGGCCAUGGCGGGGGCGAAGGCUGGGGCGGCAGCCGCCUCAGCAGCGGCUUACGCUGCUUACGGAUACAGUGUCUCCAAAGCCGGCCUCUCCGCCGCCACCGGCCCCCUGCAGCCCUCCUUGGCGCGACCGGCCACGGCCCCCGCCUUCAACCCCAGCCGAAGCUCCUCCCCCCUCGCCAAAGGAGCGCCCUCCGGCCACAGCUCCCACACGCAGCUGGCCCACGGCCACCACCACAGCAGCCACGGCGCAGCCAGGAAGGGCAAGGGCCCCGGCGGCCCCGGGGCUCGAUGAUGAAGGCACAGAUUGGUUCCUGACCUGCUGCUCACUGUGAAUCCCUCUGACGCUUUAUGCCUACGCUCAUAAAGAGAGUGCAGUAUUUACUACCCAUUUUGUGGAAGACAACGCUCUGCCCUUUUUUGGCUCAGAAACUGAACACACACACACACACACACACAUCAGUCUGAUGGUUGGUCUUUUUUUCCUUGUUCCAGUUUUGUUUGGAUGUAUAUUAGUUAGCCGAGGCUCGGGCGGUUUUCGUCGGCGUCACAACGAGAGCGCUUCCAAGUGCUUGUGGAGACCGAUCAGAAGCCGCAAAAGGGGGUUCUUCAAUUUUUAUUUUUAUUUUUUCUCUCUUUGACAAGUUAGUGAUGAACCUCUGUCACUGAGCCGUGUCUUCCAUUCUUUGGGUGUUAACUAGUAUCAUAGAUGUGCACUAGGUUAUUUAAUUGUUCCGUAGAUAUGUACGCUCAGUUCGAUGCCAUGGAGGAAUCCGAAUUUCUAACGUCGACCCCCCCCCUUCCGCCCACGCCGUCCCUCCCCAAGUAUAUCUACAGCUUUUCUACUAAAGCCCUUAUUUUUCUAACAGAGGAUUUAAGCAGGCGGACCAACAUGGCGACGGAAAACCCUUUUCAACUACGCUUUUCGAGUAUUCCCAAAUCCACGUGAAAAUGAUAUUUUUGUCCAAAAAAAGAAGAAUAGUGUAAAGAAAUUUAAAAGAUAUAUAUUUCAAAUGGAAGUGUGCUGGUUGACUCAGCCGUGCUGCUAACAAUUAAAAUACUGAUUCAGAUUAUUUGGUUGUUUGCUAUUAUAAGUUAUUACUUUUAUUUCUUUGUUUGUUUUUUUGCAUUUACAAUGGGGAGUUUAUAUUAAUUGUGAUGGAAGUCACAUGUACAACUGUAAAAUGUGAAUUCAGUCGCUGUUUUUACUUUUCAUGACAUUUCUGUGACGACCUGUUUGUGGAUUUCUCGUGCGUUUUUAGAAUAAAAACGAAAAGGUUCACGUUGAGUGUCCCGAACCUGAGCACUACAUUCGUUCUGGGUUUUUUUUGUUUGUUUGUUUUGUUUCUCUGUUAAUAUUGUGAUGAAAACUGAAAGUUCUAUAUUUGAUGUACAUAAAGAUGAGAGAAGCCCUGUGGCUCUUUUCUCUCUCAUCCGCCUGUUUUAUUUUUAUAGAUUGGGUACAUGUGAAGAGAUGGAUCAGCUGUUUUACUCCAUGGAGGUGUGAGGUGAAAAAUAAAGGUGCUUUAAUUUGAACCUUC